AUGAAGACUCCCCAGCUCACUCUCAUCCCCCUCUUGGGCCUCUUCACCACCUCCACCUACGCCGACUUCAUCAUAGGAGAGCACGCCGGCUCUGAACUCGGCGGCACCUUCUCAACCCCCCAGCAACCUAACACCCAACCCCCAGGCAUCGCAGGCCAAGAAAACGGCUUCGGAACCGGCGACUUCUGCCCCGCCGGCACAUCCGCCGGCACAGGCAAACUGAACAACUGGAAGAACAACGAUUUCUGCGACUUAGGGAUCCCUGGUUGUCCCUCUACCAUGCGCAUUGUCAGGUCUGCGGGCAGUUUCGCUGGUGAUUGUGGCGCGGCGACGAAUGAUGCGGAUCGUGACCACUCGGUUGACUAUGGGGUGCUGAUUAAUACCGUCUCGUCCCCGAAUGCGGCGGUUGAAGCGCGCAGUUGA